UAAAAUAACUGCUUUCUAUUUCUGAUAAAUGCUGUUCUUCAGUACUUUCUACUCAUCAAAGAAACAUGAAAAAGAAAAUUAUACUCCGCUGUUUUCGACCUAAUACUAAUAAUAAUAUGUAAUACGUUUUUUUUUUUUUUUAUCAGCAAAUCAAAAUAUUAGAAUGGUUUCUGAAGGAUCAUGUGACUGGAGUGCUGAUGCUUUAAAAAAAAGAAAUAGGAAUUUUAAAUAGUACAAAUGUUUCAAAAUUUAUAUUGUUAUUGCUUUACUUUGGUUUAAAUAAAUUUUUACAUAGUAGUAGUGUAGUAUACAUAAAUGUGUAGUAAUACUUGAAAAUUAGUAAAUAUUAAUCAAGUAUUAAUAAUUAGAAAUCAUUUACACAUUCUUUCUCUCUCUCCCAAACUGUCAUCUGUCGCUGUGUUUACCGCCAAAUGCGCGCGUGACAGCGACAGGUGUCGGUCGCGCGCGUUUAUUCCGCGCCGUAAUUUACCUUAAACCGUCAUCUUUUUAUUCUUUGCACGGCACUAAUAAACGAUCAUAUUUAUCAAAUAACACUUGGCUUUAUACAGACAACGUUAGAUUAGAUAAAUUAAUAACGUUCUGAGUUAUUUUUGAUAAGCCAUAACAGGUUUUGAGGAGAUAAUUUCUCUGUGAGGAAGUUAACAGUAAAGUUAGCUCAAACAUGACAACCAGACAGAAGACACUAGCUCAGGACAAACAGGUGAUUGUUGAGGUGAGAGACAGAAUCAAGAACAUUUACAGCAUUUACUCAUGUCUUUAUCACAAUAUUACUGUAGAAAAUGACUGUAGUAACAAGUUAUCAUGGUAAAUUUUUGACUUAAGCAGCAACUCAACACUAGUUAUAUAUUUAAAUACCGUGGUUUUACUAUCUGAUACUUUAGCUCUAACAGUUACCAGAGUAACGUAAUUUUGUAAGUAACUGUUUUAUAUGCAGACAAAUUAUACCAAGACAAAAAUGAAAAAUUUGCUGAAUAUUUACUUAUCCUCAAGCCAUCCAAGAUGAGUUUGUUUCUUCAUCUGAACAGAUUUAAGCUGCUAAAAAAUACAAUAAUGCUGGUCAUAAAGUGAUGUAAUGCAACAUUUCUACACAUUUGUUCUGAUAAAGAAACCUCUUUAUCUUGGAUGGCCUUGAUUUUCAGCAAUUUUUUUAUUUUUGGGUGAACCAAUGUUAAGUUUCUCCUUUCAAGGCCCCCAAAUUAUAAUUCAAUUACAAUUUAGCUUAUUAUGAAAACACUGUGUGCUCAAUUACAUGUCCUCAAAUAAAUAUUGGUGUAUGUAUGUAUGCAUGUGGAUAUAGAUUUCAAAGCAGUCUUCUUUGUAAAUCAUGGUAUUAUAAAUCAAUUAAGCCCCUGUGUUUCUUUAGGCCCUGGAUACUAAAGCUCAGUCACUGGUGUUUGUCAAACGCAUGGUGGUUAUAGCUGUGUCCUCCAUCACUUAUCUGCGUGGGAUAUUCCCAGAGGACUCCUACAGAUCCAGAUACCUGGAAGGUUUGUGCAUCAAAGUCCUCAAACAGGAUUGUUCAUGCCCCGAAGCCCACAAACUCGUCAAAUGGCUGUUGGGAAGUUUUGAUGCAUUGGAGAAGAGAUAUCUUCAAAUGGUGGUCAUUGGGGUACACACAAGCCCAGAUGACAGUAAUCAUGUCAUUGAGUCCUACCAGUUUAAGUUCAGAUACUCAGAGUGUGGACCACAGAUGGACAUCAUGUGGAGUAAUGUGACUGGGGACACAAGAAUGACGUUGGAGGACACAAAGAAAGCUUCAACGCUCCUGAUCAGGAAGCUGUUCCUCCUCAUGCAGAAUCUAGAGGCUUUGCCCACUGGCGUUUACCUCACUAUGAAGCUCUACUACUAUGAUGAUGUGACUCCUCCUGAGUAUGAGCCACCAGGAUUCAAGGCAGGUGUAAAUGACAGUCUGUGGUUCGAGGGAACUGCAGUGCACUUCAGAGUGGGCGAUAUUCAGUCUCGCUUCCACAGCAUGAAGUUGCGUGUGACGGCAGCACAGAGCCGGCUUGGGAAGCUACAGGAGGGAGGCCAGUUGAGUGAGAACGACAUGGAGAUGGAGACACCCUCUCUUUCUCAAAUCAGAGCAGCAGAAAGGGUGACCAGAAACUGUGAGCAGGAUCUGCCCUCUGAAGAUGAAUCUAUCGCACAGUUCAAACAGCCCAAAAAAGCUAUAGCAAAGAGGAAGUCUGUCCGAAGCAAAGUCACAAGGAGGAAAAAGAAGAAAUGCUUUUGAAACCACAAGUUCACAUCAGACAAAAUGAUUUUUUAAAUGAGUUUUUGCUAAUAUAUAUAUAUAUUUUAAGUUAAUGGAAGUAAAAUGUCCUUUUACCAGGCAGAAGUUAAAAAAGUUUUUGACUGGGU